GCCUCAUCGUGUGUCUUUUACUAAUAAUGAAAGCCCACAGCCCAGUUGCGCCCAUACCAGGCGUUCGAAGCAUUGACAUGCGUAACGCUCUCCCAGCCUCGGCACGAUUCCAUCUUCCUUCCUCGCGUUGAUGAGUUUCUUAAUACCUCAUGGACACCCCAAUGCCUGAGCCUCUGCCUGUGGAAAAACAACAAAUUCGCAUCGUUGUACAAGGUCCCGACGAGAAAUCAAAUACCUCUAGCGUCGUGCAUCAAGCCUCUUCUUUUGUAUGGUCUAUGCCAACUCCAUCAGUGACUUCAAGUCAAUCUUGCGCGAGCCUGAAUGCUUCCCAUCGACCAUCUUCGUCGGAAGGGACGACACUUGCGAGUCGCCCAUAUAGUUCUUCUUCGAGUCCAAAUCCCUCUGGCGCAAGCUUUAAAGAUGCCCCUCCCGAAAUCACUAUCACAGCAUCGGAUGUUAAGAGAAAUGACAGGGGCAGGAUCAUACCUAAACUCACGGCGGAAUUCAAGAUGGGAUUCUACGUGGAGCCCGGGCAGACUGAUUUUGACAAUACACAGGGAUACGGAGAUUGGGCGCCGCAGAUUCAUCCGGAUGGCGCGCUAUAUUACUUCGACUCGAAACGCCGCAUAUACACAGAUGCUGAUCUUUCAGCGGAAGGUGAACUCGAAAUCAUAAAUUACUACGCAGAACGACUACUUCGACAAGCGCGGGAGGUGGCUGGAUUUCCGUGUAACACUUGUGAGCUUGUGCUUGAGAGGAAGGGCAAAUGGGAAUGCGGGUACUACUUUGUGGAACCGGGGAAACGCUGUAUCCUUUGGUUGACAGCUGUCCCGAGUGGUUUAGUAACAAGAAAUCUUGAGAGAGUGCAGUCAUAUUCUCAAAUCAAAUAUGCCAUGGAGGCUGAAUACUGGAUGCACUGCAUGCUUUUCCCCAACAAUUGGUCAUUAACCGCCCUUGUCUUGGCAGAGCUCGAAAAAAUCAUUCUCCACGCCAUAGCUGACAGCAUCACUUCAACCACGUCAGUCAUUCCGUUCGAUCAAGAAGAACUUGCGAAAAUGCUCGAUCUCACGGAUCGCCUCAAAGAUGAAUUGGACGAGCCGUUCCUGCAUGCCAAGUGCAUCGUAGCCCGGUUCAUGGAGAACUUCGCAUUGGCCAAAUUCUUCAAUUUUUGCGGGCAGCCUGGUGCACGUCUGAACUCUGACCAGUCAAUCUUUAGCAAGCAAAGGCCACGGAAUUCCCUGUUCAUUGAGAUAAUAUCCAUAUGUCUCUUCUGGGCACCGUGCGACUACGCGAAAGAGCUCGAGGGCAUCUGGGUGGACAGAGUAAUCAACCGCGUCCUCUGGAGGCAGUUCAUAGCUAAGUUGAAUGAUGAUUGGUCUAGUCUGGCAUUAACUGCAACUGUGGUGCUCAACGCAAAUGUUGCAUUUCUUACGCUUGUUGUUGAUGAUACACUAGCAAGAACAUUCAGUUUUAUCUCGACGAUGACUAGCGUUGGGGUGGUGAUCCUGGGACUCAUACUGGUCCGCCAGAAUCAGAGGAAGGACCAAAAUUCUGCUGAGCAGGCGAACGUACUUUUGACAAGAAUGUCACACCCAGUGUUUAGGACAGAGGUCCUAGCUAUCAUCUAUAGCCUGCCCUAUGCGCUGCUCAUGUGGAGUAUGGUAUUCUUUAUUAUUGCUUUUGCAUGCAUGGUAUUCGGCUCAGCGAAACCGAUUACGCAAAGCGCUUUCAGCGUCGCUGGCGGGCUGGUAUGCGUGUUCGUGUGUUGGACGGUGUGGGCGACACGUGCUACGAGUGAACACAAGGGCCUCACUGGAUCGAAUUAGUAGCCUAUACCCUUUUUAUUUCGCGUUGUACAUUAUUUUAUGUAGGCUAUGGGUGUAAUCUCGAGUGUCUGCUCAAC